AUGGCCCCGCCCACUGUGGGCGUGGCCACGGCCAGCCCCGCCCCGGUCCCGCCCACGGCCCCGCCCACGGCCCCGCCCACCCCGCGCGGCGCCGCCGGCCGGAGCCGAAGCCGCGGGAAUUUCGGGGCCGUUUUUGGGGCCAAUUCGGGAAUUUUUGGGGGCGAAUUUGGGGAAUUUUCGGCACUUUCGGGGCGCGAGGAGCGGGAGGGGCGGGGCGUGGCCUGUCCCGGGGGCUGCGACUGCGACCGAACCAACGCCCGCUGCCGGGGGGGGGCCGGGGGCGUCCCCCGGGGGCUCCCCCCGGGCCUGGCCACGCUCUCGCUGCUCCGCUGGGACAUCGAGGAGCUGCCCCAGGGGAGCUUCCGGCACCUCCCGGCGCUGACGCUGCUCCUGGUGGCCUCGGGGCGCCUGGGGAGCGUCGGGGACGGAGCCUUCGAGGGGCUGGGGGCGCUGGAGUACCUGAGUCUGGCCGACAACCUCCUGCAGUCGCUGCCCCGCGGCCUCUUCCAGGAGCUGCCCAACCUCGGCCACCUGGACCUGCGGGGGAACCCGCUGCGCUGUGACUGCGCGCUGCGCUGGCUGCUGCGCUGGCUGCGCGCCCGGCCCGGCCCCGGCCCCGAGGGCGGCGCCCGCUGCCACGGCCCCGCGGCGCUGGCCGGCACCGCCCUGGCACUGCUCGGGCCCCGGCAGCUCCAGUGCCAGCGCCACGAGCUGCGGCCGUUCCAGGCGCUGCCGUUCUCCUCGCUCGGGGCCGAGCCCUUCGCGCUCGGGGGGCACCCUGGGGUGGCCCUGGCGCAGCCGGCGGCCGGAGCCUGCGCCCUGCUGGAGUGGGACCAGCUGGGGGGCAGCUUCCGCGCCCAGCACGUCAUCAACGGCUCCUCACCGGUGGCCUGCCACCCGGUCCCGCUGGGUGACACCCUGCUGCUGGUGGUGGCCCAGCUGGGCGGCGGCUCCUGGGUGUGGCGGCGCUCGGGCGGCCCCGGCUCGGCCUUCGUGCGCCACCAGGCCCUGGGCGCCGGCCGCCUGCGCCGGCCCCACGCCGUGGCCGCCGCGCGCCUGGCCGGGCACCUCUACCUGGGGGUGGCCGACAGCUCCAAGGGCGGCACCAGCACCGUGUUCCGCUGGGCCUCGGGCGGCUUCUACCCGCACCAGGCGCUGCGGCCGUGGCAGCGCGACACCCACCUGGAGUUCCUGGAGCUGGGCGGGCGGCCGGCCCUGGUGCUCUGCGGCGCCGCGCGACGGCCGCUCGUCUACCGCUGGAGCGGCGACGCCUUCGCGCCGCACACCGACAUCCCCCACGUGCCCGACGCCUACGCCGCCAAGCACUUCCGCCUGCGGGGCAGCGUCUUCCUGUGCCUCACCAGGUUCCUGGGCGACGCCAAGGUGAUGGCGGCGGGCUUGGGGGUGGUGAUGCGCUGGGAGGGCUCCAUGUUCCGCGAGGUGCAGCAGGUGCCGGCCCGCGGCUCUCUGGUCUUCCAGCCGCUGCUCCUGGCCGGCCACCGCUACGUCCUGCUGGGCAACGACUUCGCCCCGAGCCGCGUCUUCCGCCUGGGCGCCGGCGGCCGCCUGGAGCCCGCCCAGGACCUGCCCGCGCCCACCCCCCGCGCCUUCGUCCCCGUCGCCGUCGGCCACCGCCACUUCCUGGUGGCCUCCAGCUUCAAGGGGGCCACCCAGAUCUACGCCCACGUCACCGAGGACGUCGGCACCUGA